AUGCCAGGAAUGGUCAGUAAAAACCCAGACCUCGAGUUCGACUCUUUGCAGCCCUGCUUCUACCCGGACGAAGAUGAUUUUUAUUUGUGCGGGCCGGACUCCGCUCCCCCCGGGGAGGACAUCUGGAAAAAGUUUGAGUUGCUGCCCACCCCUCCCCUGUCUCCCAGCCGGGCCGGGCUCCAGGAGCACCCCCCGGGGGGGGCCCCGGUGCCGUGGGGAGGGGCGGCCUUGGGGGGCUGCCGCCCCGCCGACCCCCUGGACUGGGCGUCGGAGCUGCUCCUGCUGCCCCCCGAGGCCGACCUGUGGGGCGGCUCGGACGGCGGGGACUUCUUCGAGACGGGCCUCGGCGUGACCAACAACCUCAACUCCAUCAUCAUCCAGGACUGCAUGUGGAGCGGCUUCUCCGCCCGCGAGAAGCUGGAGCGGGCGGUCAGCGAGAAGCUGCAGGGCAAGCCGCCCGCCGCCGCCGCCCCUUUUCCAGAUCUAUAUCUGGCUACAGAUGGUGGGCACACCCUGUUUUCGCCAUCAGUUAUUUCAUUGCAGCUUUUACUCUACAUAGUGUUGUCAAUAAACGCAUCUGGGUUGAUACUUGUUCAGAGUAUUUUCUGUGAGAAUAACGUCUGUUUUAUUUUCCAUUGUCUGUUACCAAAAGAUGACGAGGAUGAGGAGGAAGAGGAUGAAGAAGAAGAAAUAGAUGUUGUGACUGUGGAGAAAAGACGCUCCUCCUCCAACAAGGCUGUUACCACCCUUACUAUUACAGUGCGUCCUAAAAAUACCACUUUUCCAUCGGUCAGGACACAGCAGAAUGAACUGAUUUUAAAGCGUUGCGCACCAAUUCACCAGCAGCAUAAUUAUGCCGCUCCUUCUCCAUACAUGGAGAGUGAAGAUGCUCCGCCGCAGAAAAAGUUAAAAACCGAGGUGCCCCGUCCAGUAAAACCCACGAUCCAGCCAAAGCCUAAGAGUUCAAGUCCUCGAAACUCUGAUUCAGAGGAUAGCGAACGUCGACGUAACCAUAAUAUCCUGGAGCGUCAACGGCGUAAUGAUCUACGGUCAAGUUUCCUAACACUAAGGGACCAUGUUCCAGAACUGGUUAAAAAUGAGAAAGCUGCAAAAGUUGUGAUCUUGAAAAAAGCCACUGAAUAUGUUCAUUCCCUUCAGGCAGAGGAGCAGAAGUUAUUGCUAGAAAAGGAAAAAUUGCAAGCCAGACAACAACAAUUGCUAAAGAAAAUAGAAUACAAGCGGACUUGCUAAACUUUGUUUUGUUUUGUUUUGUUUUGGCUGACCAGGACAGUCAUUGCCACUUUGCACAUUUUUGAUUCUUUAAAAAAAAUUGUGUUUUUGACGUUAAGAAUGUUGGUUUUACUUUCAAUCCAGUCCCUGAAGUAAUCAACAAACUAUAUUAUCCGGGUACGGAGCAAAUGGAUGUUCUUGCAAGGAGUUUAUUGCAAGACUACCAAACAACAAUGGACUGCCUUUGUUUUUCUUCUUAAGAACUGUAGAUGGUGGGGAUUUUUUUUUUUUUUAAAUUGUUGUGAGCAUUUGGAGCUGCUGAUGACAUCUAGUUGAGUUUUAAAACGUUCAUUCCUAAGUUUUAUGGUGCUUAUGUUCUAACAGAUGUUACUUUAGGGGUUGGCAUUUGUACCCCUGUGGGAAUUUUCUGUAAAUACCAUCUACACACUUGCCUUUUGUACAUGUCUUGGGUUAUGAGAGGUGGCUUUUGCUACCAGUAUUAGACUGGAAGUUCAUACCUAAGUACUGUAAUACCUCAAUGUUUGAGGAGCAUGUUUUUGUAUACAAAUAUAUUGUUAAUCUCUGUUAUGUACUGUACUAAUUCUUACAUUGCCUGUAUACUUUAGUAUGAUGCUGAUACAUAACUAAAUUUGAUACUUAUAUUUUCGUAUGAAAAUGAGUUGUGAAAGUUUUGAGUAGAUAUUACUUUAUCACUUUUUUGAACUAAGAAACUUUUGUAAAGAAAUUUACUAUAUAUGCCUUUUCCUAGCCUGUUUCUUCCAGUUAAUGUAUUUGUUAAUGUUUGGUGCAUAGAACUGGGUAACUGCAAAGUUCUGUGUUUAAUUUCUUCCAACGAUGUACAUUUAGUGCUGCGUCUUAUAGCACUUUGAAAUACCUCAUGUUUAUGAAAAUAAAUAGCAAUUACAUGAUGUG